AUGCCAGUCUACUGGCAACAGCUUGGCUUGUCUCCGACUCAGAUCGGCAUCUUACGAGCCGUUUGGGGCGUGGCAUACUCCCUCGGCGGGGUCAUCUUUGGAAAAAUAGCAAGUAAGUGGAAGAUUCGACGUGCGUUGCUGAUGAUGAGCAUUCUAUCCACGGCUAUUAUACCACUGGUGUCAUUAAUUCCAAGAAGAACACACGAUAAGUGCUUGGUGGAAUCGGGAAAGAACCUGGAUGAAAACAAGAGUCGCAUUAUCACUCCACAAGAGGGCAAAAAUCCUUCCAUCCUCACAUUGAGUGGAUCAAGUCUCACGUCGAGAGUAAAGCGAGCGAGAAUGCGAAUCAUCGAACCCAAACCCACGCUUUGCAAUCCCUUUUCCGUCAGGAGGAGAGAAACUCUGAAAUCCUGGAACAUUUUACCUCAAGACGUUCUCUACCACCGAUAAAGAGGCGCACUCCCAGGAAGACACCUCUGGUUGACGAUCAUGUCCUUAUCUUAGAAAAAAACCCGCAAGACAUCAACACCAUAUUUUUCAUAUUUUUGUUUAUUGUGUUCGUUGGGGAACUCCUCGCUUCUCCAGCAUUUAGUUUGGCUAAUUCUGAAAUUGUGGACUACCUCGGGGAAAAUGGCCUCGAUUUUUGCAAGAUCCGUCUCUGGGGUCCAAUUGGGCACAUGAUUGCUGCUCCCACCACAGCUGUAUUUGUCACUCAUUACCAUUACGUGAUUUGUGGCGAGUAUCAAGACAACUUUGCUAUUGUCUUCGCUGUCACUUCUAUUAUGGCCAUGGCUUCGUUGAUAUCUGUAACGCAGCUAGGAGAUCAAACGAUCAAGCACAGCGACAACACCGAAGGAAAUGCCAACGGAAAGCCUUUGACUUUAUUUGAGUUCUUCUCUCGAUACCAAAAUUUCGUCUUCAUCUUCAUGACGUUCUUGAUUGGCUGUUUAGAUGGAGUUGUGUCAACGUUUGGGUUCUGGUACACCAAGACCUUAGACGUUACCAUCACCACUUUGGUGUUUGGUUUCUCACGGAUGACUAGCUCUGCGGUUAGUGUGGUGUUCCUGGGCUUGACAGGCAUGUGUGUGAAGAAGACUGGUUACUCUGGAAUCACUGUGUUCUCCAUGAUGCUGUUUUUCAUUUGGUUGGUGGGAAUGUCUCUCAUGAAAAACCCAUGGCUCAUGCUUCUCUACGAGACUAUUGGCUACACCGCUUAUGUAACUGGUUUUACAGGCCUGAUCAGUUACUUUGGUGAAGUAACACCCAGUCAUCUGAUGGACACAGUGCAAGGUGAGAACAAAAGAGGAUUCAACCUCGUUACCAGGUUCCCACGAUCUUGUUCAGGAAGGGGAGCAGGGACUUGUAAACAAAUAAGCUAAAACCCUACUGACCUUGUCUUUACACUCUUUUUUCGGCAAAAAAGAAAGCCAAAUUUCAUACUUUGUUGGCGACGAUUGUUGUCCCAUGCGCCCCCCUGAAAAUCCCAGAAACCUCUGUCACUCCGACGAGCUUUGCUCCGGAAGAAAAUGUUAUGCAGAUUAGCCGGCUAAUAAAUAAUGUUUAAACUUACACUAAAGGCAUUUCUUUAUCUCUGUAGGAGGAGUUAACUCUUUGUUUUUCGGCGUGGGUUGCGGCAUUGGAACUGCCAUGUGUGGCUUUUUCAUCGAUGCAUUUGGCGCCGAAGGGGCAUUCCGGGUUUUUGCUUCAGGUGAAGCUGUACUAUUAGUGCUGUUUGUCGUCAACCAAGUUACAUAUUUUUGCCUCAAGAAGAACGAAAAAGAAGAAAAAAGAAAGCUGUUGGAAUAACUUUUUCUGCGGCUCACAGGACUUACAGUAAACACUACGCCAUCUAAACUAAAAUUGGUGGACCACGCUGUCUCACUUCUUUAAUCAUGAUUUCACUCAGAAAGAAGAAAACGCUCGAUGAAAAAUAUGCGUUCUGAGGUAUAUCGUUUCGAGGGAGAAGACCGAUAGUUUUGGGGCUAAACUAAAGACUACCGGGCCUCUUCUAACCAUCCACCAAACAUGCUACGUGGAAACCAGGAUUAACUCCGGCCUGGUGGGCCAACAGGCUCGGGUACAGACUUUACUUGAUGGCAUAUUGUAAGUUAAAUCACGAAUGGUGAACGGGGAACCCACUCGUUUUUCAAUUUCUCAUUUUGACC